GGAAGGAAGGAAGGAAAGAAAGAAAGUAUUUCAACCAGCAGAAGGGCCUAGGAAAGGCAUUUUGGGCUGAGAGAACAGAAAACUCAUGCUGUUCCCUCCCCUCCAUGGGCCCUCCUCAUCCUGGCAUCACCCCCGCUAAAGCUCAAAUUAACCCCUUUGGGUUUCUUCUUAUAGGGAGACUGGGACUAGGCACCAGGGAGUCCCACAGCUGCCCCCAGCAGGUGCCCAUGCCCCCGGGACAGGAAGCUCAGCGAGUUGUAUGUGGCAUCGACUCCUCCAUGAUCCUCACUGUGCCUGGCCAAGCCCUGGCCUGUGGAAGCAACAGGUUCAACAAACUGGGCCUGGACCAUCUCUCCCUGGGGGAGGAGCCUGUUCCCCACCAGCAGGUGGAGGAGGCCCUGAGCUUCACGCCACUAGGCUCUGCACCCCUGGACCGGGAGCCCCUGCUGAGUGUAGACCUGGGCACUGCUCACUCAGCUGCUGUGACUGCCUUGGGUGAUUGCUACACUUUUGGCAGCAAUCAGCAUGGGCAAUUGGGCACCAAUGCUCGCCGGGGCAGCCGGGCACCCUGUAAGGUCCAAGGCCUUGAGGGCAUCAAGAUGGCAGUGGUAGCCUGUGGGGAUGCCUUCACUGUAGCUAUUGGGGCAGAGGGUGAAGUGUACUCUUGGGGCAAAGGGGCCCGAGGUCGACUGGGAAGGAGGGAUGAGGAUGCCAGAUUCCCUCGGCUAGUGCAACUGGAUGAGACACACCCUUACACGGUGACUUCCGUGUCCUGUUGCCAUGGAAACACCCUCCUGGCUGUUCGCCCGGUCACAGACGAGCCAGUCCCCCCGUGAGGCACCUGGAUACACCUCUGGACCAUCCUCAUAUUGCUUCUCCUCUGACUGUUCUGAAAAAUGCAGGUGCCCAAGGCAUGACUCCCAGCUGUCUCCUGGAUUAUGUCAUCAGUGGGGGUGUCGGGGCUGGUGAAAUCCCCGCUCUGCUUUUGGCCUUGGACAUGGAAACCUCAACCACUUUGUUCUCCCACCACCUUUGCCCUUCCUGCCCCUUCUUCCCUUCAGUCAGUGUCCCCAGGGUCCAGUCUGGCUAGAGUUAGAAGGCAGACCCAGCCUUUGGAAGCAGGGUGGCCUCCAGAGCCUUGCCAUAAAAAAACUAAAGGCAGCUAUAGCUCCUCCUCCACCACACAGACCCUGCCCUUUCCCGCAGCCCAGUUAGAAAAUAAUUCUGGACCAGUGGUGGUGCUGACACCUGCAGUCCCAGUGCUUUGGGAGGCCAAGGCAGUUGAGGAUCGCUUGUGGCCAGGAGUUGGAGACCAGCCUGGGAACCACAGACUGCUAUUUCCACCA